UAAACAGAAGUAUCCCCUCGGUUCCAUCCAAACAGGCUCUUAAUUAUGUCGUUGAAAUGAAUAUAAUAUGAUUCCAGAUCUGCUAGAGAGAGAUGCGGCCGUGAAAUGGUUCAAGGAUUCCAAGCUUCCCCUAUUAUGUGAGCUGAUUCAUAAAUCUCCUCUUUGAUUUCUCCUCUUAAGCAGAAAAUGAAACGAGGAGGUCAGGAUCCAAUCAAAUUUCUAUGCGUUAUAGUCUCUGUUGCUUGUACUUUGGUUCUGUGUCUUUCAGUACUUAAACUUAACGAAAUAGCAGUAGGAAGUAGUGAUUCUUCUCGAGGAGGAGGAAUAGGGAAGUUGGGACAAAUGGUGAUAGGAAUGCUACCUCAAGAUUUGGGGUUCACAUUAUUUUUGCCAUCUGAAAAAGCGUUGGAGCGGGAUCUGGGAUUGGGCCCCAGUGAUUUGGGCAACGAUACCUAUGCAAUACUAACUCGUGUACUGGGUUUUUCAGCUGUGCCUAGAAGGAUUUACAUAGAUGAUGUACAACCUGGAAAGGAGAUUAAUUAUGAUUCUAUAUCCGGAUAUACUCUCUAUAUAUCUAAAGAUUCAGAGGGGUCUUUGAUAGUGAAUGGUAGAAUAUUUGCUUCGGAAAUGGUGGAUUUGAGAAGAGGGAACAUUGUUGUACAUGUUAUGGAUGGGGUCAUAAUGGACUCUGAAUUCCAGCUAUCUGCCCAGGAUGAUUGAAUUGAUGAAAACUUUGUUGUAUUUGAAUAAAGAUAUUUCUCCUUGUUAUUUUAUAAAAUCAAAAUAAGUUAAUGAAAAA